AUGCCUAAAGUUGUAAGUUCAAUCAAUUAUAAGGUAGCUGCAUAUUUAAAAGAAUUUCCGAAUGAAACAUUUCAAAGUGAUGGGAAAGUUUUAUACUUACACAACAAUACUGCUGAACUGCUCAAGCUCAAGACAAACGGAAAUUCAAUUUUGGAUUUAGAUGUUGCAAGAUGUGAAUGUAUGUUGAACUGUUUUUAUUGUACUAAAAUUAUUACUGUGCUUCAGGCGUCUGGAUUUAUGUCAUAUAUUAUUAAGUUUUUAGAAAUGAAAUACCAUUUAUUUAUUUUGCUGAUACCUACCACAGAAGUAAAGGAAUCCAAUUAUGCAAGUACAAAAACAAAUUUUACAGGAGAGAUAAAACAAAAUAAUAUUAUAUGAUUUUUGGUCAAAUAUUUCUGUUUGUUUUUGAAACUUUUUUUGUAAACAAA